GUAGAAAUUUUUUUUGAAAGCCAUGUGAGAGAAAAAUACCGCGAGGACAGGAUGAGUGACCAGGAAGAUUCUGGAGCAGCCGGCGGCAGUUCAAGUGUGGAAAUCCAAAGGAAGGAUCGCCUCAGAGUGCUCUGUAUUCACGGUUACCGGCAAAAUGAAUUCAGUUUCCGCAGCAAAAUCGGAUCAUUCCGGAAGUAUGUGGACAAAUAUGCUGAGUUUGUCUUCAUCUCAGCCCCGCAUCAGGCUCCUCCGUUUCCGGGCGAGGAGGACAAGGGUUUGAAUGAAAACCAGAAAAGUUGGUGGUUCAACAAACCCGAUGGACAUUUCCGGGGGAUCUACAAAGGAGGCCCCGUUGUGGGCUUUGAGGAGAGUUUACGACUAGUGGAGGAGACAUGGGAGAAACAAGGACCUUUCCAGGGCCUUCUGGGUUUCUCCCAAGGAGGCUGUUUUGUUGGACUACUGAGUCAUUUAGCUGAACGUGGGAUGAUCACAAGGCUGAAGCCAGAAUUUGUGGUUAUAGCUUCGGGAUUUCGUUCCCUCAGCCUAGCCCACCUCAAUUACUACGAGAAUACCGUGAAAAUUCCUUCGCUGCAUAUCUACGGAGAAAAUGACGACAUCAUUCCUACGGAAAUGAGUGAAACUCUAGCUUCAGGAUUUGAAAAUAAGGCUGUAGUUACUCACAGUGGAGGCCACUACUUCCCUGCCACAGCUGCUCAGAAAUCUGCCUACGUGGAAUUCUUCCGGGAUCGCCUGCAGGAGCACCUGGAAGCUGCUGAACUUCAGAAUAACUGAUUAUCUCUCCUUUCUCUCAAGAUUUAUUAAUCACUAAUUCUCAUAUUCUUUUUAUUUUACAAAUUACAUAAAUUAUUCCACAUUCGUUAUUUUUUUCUUUUCCUUUAUCGUCUCAGUGAAUUGUUUUUUUUUUUAAUUAUAAAAGAAUUGUACAUUCAAAGAAAUUUUAAUUUCUUGUUAAAUAAAAAUGAAAGAGAAUGAUUAUCCGUAGAAUAA